UCCCAUGAUUCUCGAGGAGGAUGAAUUGAACUCUCGCGAUGUUCCGGCCUCUUCCUUGGCCGUCGUUGACAGAGACAUAAAGGCCAUGUUCAGUACAAGCGCCAAGAUCGUCAAGCCGAAUGGCGAAAAGCCAGACGAGUUCGAGUCUGGGAUCUCCCAGGCUCUUCUCGAGCUGGAGAUGAACUCCGACCUCAAGGCUCAGCUGAGAGAGCUGAACAUCACCGCUGCAAAGGAAAUUGAUGUUGGAGGCAGCAGAAAGGCCAUCAUCAUCUUCGUUCCCGUACCUCAGCUGAAGUCCUUCCAGAAGAUCCAGGUGCGGCUUGUGAGGGAGCUGGAGAAGAAGUUCAGUGGAAAGCACGUGGUCUUCGUCGCACAGAGGAGGAUCCUGCCCAAGCCCACCAGGAAAAGCCGCAUCAAGAAUAAGCAGAAGCGUCCCAGGAGCCGUACCCUGACCUCCGUGCAUGAUGCCAUCCUGGAAGACCUGGUGUUCCCCAGCGAGAUCGUGGGCAAGAGGAUCCGCGUGAAGCUGGACAGCAGUCGGCUGAUCAAGGUGCAUCUGGACAAGGCGCAGCAGAACAACGUAGAACACAAAGUGGAGACCUUCUCAGGGGUCUACAAGAAGCUCACAGGCAAAGACGUUGUGUUUGAAUUCCCGGAGUUCCAGCUGUAACAUGCAAAUGACUAAAUAAAUUUGUUUACUGUU